AGAAAAUAAUAACUUUCGGAAAUAACAGGCGUCCACAAAGGCAAAGGUUACACAGGACUGCUCAACCUCCAUCAAAUAAGGUGGCUAAUGUUGUUUGGAGCAGCAGAUUCCACGCGUGACGCGAGGAACGAAAACAAUCAGCGGACCGCCAGCGCCCGGGCCUGGGCCCGACGCGGGCGACGGGUGGAUGGGGGCCGCGCCCCCGGCGCAGCCCCUUUCCCAGGCGGGCGGACCGGCGGGCUAGGGACCGGAGGUGACACAAAGAAGCCGGAGAGACAAACGCCACUCGCUGGCGCUCGCUCCAAUCCCCGAAGCGCCCCGCCCGCUGACAAGUUUGCGGCGCCCUCCACGCACCCCGCUCUUCCCACCCGGGCAAAGUUUUCCGUGGCCGGGCUCGGACCCCCGCAGUGGGCCGGGUCCAGUCUCCCGCCGCCCUCGCCCCCGGCUCGGGGACCUUGCCCUCCUUCGCCCCCGCCCCUUCCCCUCCCUCCUGCUCUCCUUCCCUUGCCACAGACCGCUCUCUCCAGGGUGCACCGGGGUGCAGGGGCCCCGCCGCCGCGCUCCCCUGCUGCCGGCCCGGCGAGGGGCGAGGGCGCGGGCUGGAGCCUGCCCGGGUCGGCGCCCCACUCGCCUUGCUCCUUCGAUCGCGCCUUUUGCUCGGUCUCCCACUCGCCUUUUAGGUCCAGCGGAAGGCUCGGGGCGCAGCAGAACGCGCUCCGCUCCUCGGCGCUCGGAAAGCUGCAAACCACGCCCCGCGCCUUCCCCGCCCGCCGCCAGCCGCCGAGUCCCGCGCUCGCCGCUCGGCGAGAUGGUCUGAGGGAGAUGCUAACUCAGAAUGCAGGUUAA